GCCGGCAGUCUGCGGAAGGCACUCAGCACAAUAGCAUCUAGCCGGAGGCACGAGCUUACUCCAGCGGACCGACACCAUGCCGGGAGAGGGCAACACUCAGCUGAAAUGGCAGCACGUUGCCGGGGACUGCCGCAUCCUGUCGGACAUCUUGGCCGAGAAGGACAACAAGUCUCCCUGGCUGCUCUUCAAGUUCCUGGACGCUCUGCUGCGCGGCUACGGACAGGUGCUGUUCUGCAACAACCCGUUGACUGGCGCGCUGCUGUUGGCAGCCCUGGCGGUCGCUGAUUGGACGGUGUGCCUCUGGGGGCUGCUGGCCGCUGCCACUGGGCUCCUCGUGUCCGUCGCCGCACAGCAGGACAUGGGGGCGGUGCGUGCGGGAGCGACCACGUUCAACUCGCUGCUGGUGGGCCUCGUUUCGGCCAGCGCGCUGCGCGGCAUCUACGGGACGGCGCUGGAGGACGACCCCAGGGUCGCCGCCAUCGUCGUCGCUGGGGCUGCCAUUUGUGCGCUGGUGGCGUCUGGGAUGACGCGCCUGCUGUCGCACCUGGGCGGCGUGCCCAGCCUGGCGCUGCCCUUCGUGCUCACACAGGCCCUCAUCUUCUUCUGCGUCGCCCACGCCAGCCUCAUGGCGCCCGCCUCCGACAACGGCGGGCAGGUCGCGGCUGACGUCACGAUUCCAGCUGCAGCUGUCACCCAGGUACCAACUGCGCAGACGCACCAGCCCCCCAGGCCUGUUGUUCCAGUGCACCUCACCUCGACUGCCUGGACAGCACCACUCAACGCCAGCGUUCCAGCACAGCUGCUCUCCAGCGCCGUACCCACACUGCCCCGAGACGUCGAAAUCAUCCAAGUGCCUGAUGCGGUCCUCAGGAACCGGACACCGUCAGAGUCGAUUGGCGCCAGUAGCAUACGCAGACGCAGGCUCGCCCAUUCAGCUAUGAUGGAAGGGGAACUACUUCCACACGAUGGCAGCAAUCGGGGAGAACCUACUACAGAAGCAGAACAGUCUGACAGCAGUCUGGGGAAGGCUGAAACUAUUCCUGUUCCUGCUGCUGAAGAUUCCACUCUCCAGUCUUCACUACCUGCAGAAACAAUCCCGACAGCAGAGAGCACACAUGUUAUGGACGUGACACAUUCUCUGAGUACCACUGAGGUGUUUGCUGAAGGAACGGAUGUGGGAGGAGAAAUCCUUUAUGGGGCCAACUUUCUGAUGGAUGAACUGAUGCUAAAUGAUGGGCCACCUCAGUUUGCACCAACUACAGAGGAGAAUGAGUCUACCACCGGAAAUGAUGGCAGUGGCAAUCUGGGAGCCUCAAAUAAUGGGGACAGCAACAAUGGAUCUGUAGGAGACAUCACAACAAUCGGAACAGCCAAACUGGGCCAACUAUCAGAAGAGCAUCAGAGCACUGUGAGUGAAGUGAUGACUACCACAACACUGGUAGGAAUCAGUGAGGACAAGAUUUACAGUCAAGGAGUUUCCUCAACCUUUUCUAGUAGUUUCAAGGAGGAGGGAUCCAGUACAGCAAAUAGUAAUGCUGCUCUUCGAAGCAGUGCAGCCCCACCUCCAAAAGACGCCCAACCUGCUGAGACAAUGGAGUUGUCAGAGUCCAGAUCAGCAGCUGCAUCAGCACUGGAAGGUCCUUCCAGGUUCCAGGCGCCAGGGGAGCCGGCUAUGUCUGACCGUCAGCCUGUGGCGGGUCCGGUGGACACUGAGGCUGGCGGUGAGGUGGAGGUGGAGGUGGAUGUGGAGCCAGCCAGUGGCGAGGUGGACUGGGGCCGGGUGUUCGGCAGCAUCCUGCUGGCCCCCACACAGGCCUUCGGGCUGGAGCACGAGGUGGCCGGGGCACUCAUGUACCUGGGAGUCGCCCUGAGUUCCCCGGUCACUGCUGCUGCCCUCGCUGCUGGGGCCAUCGUUGGAGCCUUCACAGGGCUGCUGGUGGGCGCGCCGCUGCAGGGCAUCUACUCUGCGGGCUGGACGUUCAACGCGAUGCUGACGCACGGCGCGCUCUGCGGCUUCCUGUUGGUGUGGUCGCCGCUGUCGCAGGCGGUGGCGCUGGCGGCGGCCGCCUUCUCCGUCGCCCUCUUCUCCGCCAUCGAGCCCUCCAUGUCCUCCGUCCCGAUGCCGGUGAUGAGCCUGCCCUUCAACCUGACCACCAUGCUGUUCUUCAGCGUGGCCAGCAGGAGGCUCUGGAGGCCAGAGGAGCUCUCCAGCCCGGAGCAGCACUUCCGCGACUACCGGGCCGAGAUGAAGAAGAGACGCCGAGACGCGGAGAGGCAGCGCAUGAUGGACGAAGAGCCAGCGAAGGAGAAGAAGGCACCGCUGGCCGAGGCGGAGAAGGUGAGCGACGCCGAGGAGGUGUGAACCCGGGACCCCGGCAUACAGCGCGAGGACGUGCCUCGCGCGCCUGCUGGCUUCCGAUCCACCUGUUGCAGCCGGCCGCACUCUGAAUGCAAAACAUGCGGCGCCCAUUAAGCGCUGAGCGGGGGCGCCCAAAUAAACAGUGGCGAACACUGUAGACACGUCAACCAAAAAAAACAAACAAAAAACUGUCCUUUAGCGUGUAUUAACAACUCACCUCGAUAAUGCACCAUUUCGCCAUGAAGUCAUUUCUGGAACAUUCCAUACAUAAUCAUAUACUGCCAACUCUUCCAUCACUUCCUUUACCACUGACAGGCGGGAAACUCAUACCAUCACGUCUCGUUAGGUUACGUUUAUUUUUUAGCUUACGUUUAAUUCUGAUUUUUGUAUUGAAUCUCUGUCUUUAAAGUCAGUACCGCCAUUAGACUAUUUUUUAUUUGCAGUGUUACACUUACGCGAUCAUGAUUUCGGCUUCAAAGUGCCAUUAUCAAGUGUUCUAACUGUUAUACAGUGCCUACAAUUAAAACACUUGACAAUGGCACUUUGAAGCCGAAAUCAUAAUCGUGUAAAUGUAACACUGCAAAUAAAAAACAGUCUAAUAUCGAUAGUGACUUUAAAGAAAUAUAUUAUGCCUGUGGCCCUCCAUUAUGAAAAAAUUACAGAAUCUCUGUGUUUCUACUAUUAAGGUCGAUCAGCAGGGACUUGUAGAUAAUGCUGUACCAUAUGAACCUCUUUAACACAUCACGGUUUUGCCGCAGUGCAGCAAACUCCUCUUGUUAUUGCCGCCGAAAAGGUGACGAUGUGGGCUGUUUGUGACAGCAAGACAUUUCACAUGGACGUUGUAUGUCGACAUGUACAGUUCACAGACAUGCGCAAAUCUUCUAUCAGUUCAGUUUUCAUCUUCUGCAGCUGUAUAUCAUUCGGUCGUAAGUUCAUAGAUAGCAUUCACCUCGAUUGCGAUGGCGACAACACACGAUUAAUAGGCUGCCUGGCUAUUUGAAAUUAUUUUAUUUAAUGUGGUGAGAAUUAUUUAUCAGUCACUUUGAAUAAUGGCCUCGAAAAAUUGAAAUAGAACAUAAAAAGGCACUUUGUCUUCAGGCCACAAGGGGCACUUCGGGACCAUCCGACCGCCGUAUCAUCCUCAGAUGAGGAUGCGUGUUGGAGGGGCUUGUGGUCUACACACCGCUCUCCCGGUCGUUACGAUGGUUUUCUCUAACCGGUGCCGCUACUAUUAGGUCGAGUUGCUCCUCAAUUGGCAUCACUAGGCUGAGUGCACCCCGAAAAACGGCAACAGCGCAUGGCGGCUUGGAUGGUCACCCAUCCAAGUACCGGCCACACCCGACAGCGCUUAACUUCGGUGAUCUGACGGGAACCGGUGUAUCCAUUGCUGCAAGGCUGUUGCCCGAAUGUUUCCAUCAUAUGCCUCCACUAUGUAUGAGCGGCGUUUAAUAACUAAUGCACCAUUUUUUUUCUAAAAGCAGGUUGGUUUUAUUCAGGUUUCCAAUACACCAUAUUAUUCCGCACUGUUCUGCCUACAGUACAAGACCCUAUACUUCAGCAUAAUUCAAUGCGACUGCCUUAUGCCACCUUACUGUAUACCCGCAUGGUAUCACUCUAUUCCUCGACGUCAGAGCCAACGUUUUGCUGCAUCAGUAGCCCCCCCCCCCUCCCCCCCCCCCACACACACACCGUUCCUAUCAUGCAAGUACUGGUUCCCAGAGUGCAUCCUUCAUUAGCCCAAACAGAUGGAUGUCGGAAGGGGUGAGAUGUGGGCUGUAGGAUGGAUGAGGAAUAACAAUCCAGUAAAACUUCGUGAGAUCGUCUCUGGAGCAUACACUUGCGAGAGGCAUUGUUAUGGAGGAGUCAGUUUGCAUUUUUGUGGCAACUAACACGCUGAAGUCGUUUCUCCAAUUUCCCGAUGGUCACACAGUGCACUUUCGAGUUGGUCGUUGCACCAUGGGGGAGGAUAUCAAACAGAAAAACACUUUCAGAGCCUCAGGAGACCGUUGCCAUGACAUUACCAGCUGAGGAUGCUGCCUCGAACUUCUUCUUCUGAGGAGAGGCGGUUGACCACUCCAUGGAUUAUCAUUAUAUUUCCCGUUCGUGGAGAUGAACCCAUGUUUCAUCGCCUGUGACGAUGUUCGACAAAAAAUUGUCACGAUCAGCCUCGUAACGCACAAGCAAUCCCUCACAGAAUGUCCUUCAUUGCUCUCUAUGGUCUUCUGUUAGCUGGCAAAAAAACUAGCGGGCACACAACUUUGAGUAUCGCAACUGGUGGUCGAGGGUGUCGGGACUACCAUCAGAGACGUAGUGUGGAACAGCGAGGUGGUUGACCGUGAUCCGUGAGAGUGAGAGUGUCCGCACGUUCCAACACUGCAGGAGUCACAACUGUGUGCCGCCGGUCGGCACGCAGGAGAUCGGACAGGUCUGCGCCGUCUUGUUGCGUUGGUGGCAGACCUCCGGCCCGACGUCUCACCGUGCUUUUGAUCAUUGGUAGGUCUCUGUAGGCAUUGUACAAGUGCCUAUGAAUAUCGCGAUACUCUGUUUUUCCGCCAAAAGAAACUCAAUGACAGCUCUGUGCUUGGAACACACCUCCAAUAUAGACGCCAUUUCGAAGGCUACGUAUAGGGCACCACUCUCAUGACGUAAUAAAACUAUAGGAUCUGAACCGGGAAUAUUCCACAAUGUACCACUACAAAUUGCGCGCUUUUCAACCGAAAAUGGCUGAGAAAAAAGUGUGUUGCAUUACUUAUUGAACGCCCUUUGUGUUUCUCAAAGUAUGUCCACCCUGAUAAUGCCUGUCUACUGUUUCACGUCACUUGGCCAUUCCGAAGUAUCUGAUCUCGAAUGCUAGUCAAUGAGAGGAAAGAGAAGGCAAAACUUCCUAAUAACGACGGUAUCCGACAUUAUGAAGAACGAAAAUCGUAUUUUUUUAGCUGUUGUGACGUGUGCGGCAUGCACUCAUGCGUGAUCCAGACGCAUUAAGUGCGACCCAGUUGAGUUUACCAUUCCAUACUACACAACACUACAGUUUAGGUACACCGCACUAUUUCACAUGUGACAGGACUCAGCAUGGGGGCCAUUCGUGAAAAACGAUACAGCCUCGAUUUGUAUGUAGAUGUGGAACCUAUGUUAGGGUCAACCUCUUUGACACAUCACGGUUACGCCGCAGUGGAACAACUCCUCUUGUCAUUGCCGCCGAAAAGGUGACGAUGUGGGCUGUUUGUGACAGCAAGACAUUCACAUGGAACUUCUCACCUUACAACUAAUUUUGACAUCGACCCAACGUCUUUUAUACCUGCUUAAACUAUGUUCUGAACCGAAAAUAGAUGGACUCCCGUGAUUUUCCCAUAGCAUUUCAUUUAGUCAUCAUAACCACGAACUGCGACACUUCUUGGAAGAGAAUAAAGUUUUCCAUUUUCCUCAUCAUUUCCACUAUAUGACCACACUUGCCACAGCUUGUUCACUUAUUUGACUAUUCAUCUAAAAUAUCUUCUCGAUGGAACUACUAUAUUGACAUCAAAGUAGUUUGCAUUUGGUGUCAUAUAGUUACAUACCGACUUUUCACUCUUAAUUUUUCUUAUAUUUUCUUAUUUUAUUAUGCAUACGGUUUCUCCAUAUCCACGUCUCUGCCAGUUCGAAUUGCUUUUUUACUGCUUCCCACGGUCCAUGAUGCUCUUCUGCAACUGACAAUCCCCAGAAAGCAAAGCUAAACAAACUCAUUCCGAACUUCUUGUUUGCUUAUCCGUACAUAGGUUUCAAUGAGUAACACUUGUCACAUCACUGUGAUUGUUUAAUAUCAGGUCACAAACUAUUUUCAGCUUAGAUUUUAAAAUAAAUCUGUCCACAAGUGAAGUUUCUCCAUGUGCACUCUGUUCUUUAUAUCGUGUGCCGUCUACGUUUCUCUUCAGAUUCAGCGCCUUUAGCUAUACAGUGAAAUGUAUUCUUGCAUUACACUAAUUGCAAGAUUUCAAAAUGAUAUCACUGUAGGUAAAUGUAUUCCAAAUAAACCACUUGCUGGCUUGCAAAGCAGUAAGUUAGUGAGUGAAUGUGUUCCAGAUACAUUAUCUGCAAGCUUGCAAAGCAAUAAAUGAGAGUGAAUUUAUUCGAAAAACAUCAUUUGCAAGCUUGCAAAGUAAUAAUGAAAUUAGUAAAAUUGUUCCAAAUACACUAUAUGCAAAUACGUCCAAAAUUCACUGACUCUUGUAUGUCCAUUUUUAUUGUACUUGUAUGGCACACGUUUCCAUCCUCAAGGGAACAGAAGAUCUAUGAUUCUGUCUUAUUCUCCUUUCUUCUCGUUCUGCUUACUGUUUUAUUGUGGAGCAGCUGACCUUACCUCCCACAAGUAUGGUGUAGUUACUUUUUACACCGGUAGUGUAGUAUUAAUCUUGAUUGCAAUCAUCGUUAAAGGGUUUGCUACAGUCUGUUGUCUCCUUGUGGAUGGAAAGUGUCUGAUAACUUUAACAGAGAAUGAUAGUUCAUAUUUUCACAGAAACCUUAGGAAGAACUUGUCUAGUGGCCUGGAACUGUACUGGUGAACGGAUUCGAAUCUCAUCCAGUAUUUUGAUCCACCGUCGACUUCCAUCACAGUACUCCCUUCUUAAAUGAUCUACUUUAAUAGUGUGUUCCAUUGCAACGUCCCCUGAAGAUAUUAAUUUUUAGAUAUAGCUAUGAGAUUUUUUUAUAUUUUGAAUUAUUGUACCGAACUAGUGUCAACUUUAUAUUUUAUUACUAUUUUAUUUCCAUUGUGUAGUACGAAA